GAGGAGACAGAACCAUUGACAGAGAGUUGCGAUGCAGCACAAAGGAGCUCUUGGGGAGCUUUUGAGGGCAUUGAUGGGAAAGUGGGGACCAGUCCAGAGGAGGGGUCAGAACCCAAAACUUCAGUUAGGCAGAAGUUAGGCCUUGGCAGGAAGGUGCAGCUGUAGAGAAACCAGUGGGAGCACAGGCAAGAGGGGCUUGGGGCAGCACGUUAUUCCCAUAGGAAGGUCGAAGCUAGGCAGAAGAGGCCUGGGGAGGAGUAUCUCCUCUAGGAGCCUUGAAGAAGGAGCCCCCUGGGGCAGCUCUGGGGACAUUUAGUUCUGUAAAUACUCAGGAAACAGCAGGGGCACCAUUGCACCUCUGAGGAGUGGCCACCAGAGGGCAGCAGUGGCCAGGAUCUGGGCUGCCCCCGGCUUCCAGGUCAAGGAGGGUGGGGUUGGGAGACUGGCCAGAGCCUCACCCUGCGGGGCCUGGCGGAAUUCAGAAGGCCUCCAAUGGCCCUGCCUGCUGCUUGUGGUCACUGGUCCUUAGCCUGCCCCAUCCAAGGAGUCUCCUCUGCUCUCCUGAGACCGAGGCUCUUUGCCUGGCUGGCUCCACUCCAACUCCUCCGAUUCCUGAGGCAACUGGGGUACCCAGCUCUGCCCUCUCCUGCCCCUGAUGCUGGUCUCGCCACGAUGCCCAGGGUGCACCCCUCUGCCAUGGCCGCACCUGCUCCUCCUCCCUGCUUUUGAUUAAGCAAAGAGGGUGCUGGAGGAGGAAACCGGCGGAGCAGCUUCCCCACUCUCAGUUGCGCGUCUGGCGAUGGCGAUCAGAGGUCCUGCUGCGCUCUCCGCCGCGCUCUACCUCCAUUAGCCGCGCUGCGCGGUACUGCGCCCUCGCUGGUGCCUCUCUCCUGGGUCCCAGGAUCGGCACCCCCAUCCAGGCACGACCCCCUCCCCCGGCCCCUCGGCCUUUCCCCCCCACUCGGCCAUCUCCGACCCGGGGCGCGUGUUCCCCCCGGCCCGGCGCCUUCUCUCCCUCCGGGGGCACCCGCUCCCCAGCCCCGGCCCGGCCCUCCCCGCGGCGCAGCACGGAGUCUCGGCGUCCCAUGGCGCAACCCACGGCCUCGGCCCAGAAGCUGGUGCGGCCGAUCCGCGCGGUGUGCCGCAUCCUGCAGAUCCCGGAGUCCGACCCCUCCAACCUGCGGCCCUAGAGCGCCCCCGCCGCCCCGGGGAAAGGAGAGCGCGAGCGCGCUGAGCAGAGCGGGAGAACGCAUCCUCGCCCGCCGGCCGGGAGGCCCCGGAGCUGGCCCAUGGGGAGCAGGCGCCCGGUGCUGGCCACGACGACCGCCACCGCUUGCGCUGCGACCGGCCGGUGAAGCCCAGGGACCCCCCCUCUGGGAGAGCCCCAUGAGGGCAGGAGAGUGAUGGAGAGUUCGCCCAGCUUCCUGAAGGGCACCUGGGAGAAGACGGCCCCAGAGAACGGCAUCGUCAGACAGGAGCCCAGCAGCCCGCCUCGAGAUGGCCUGCACCGUGGGCCGCUGUGCCUGGGAGAGCCUGCUCCCUUUUGGGGGGGUAUCCCAAGCACCCCAGACUCCUGGCUUCCCCCUGGCUUCCCCCAGGGCCCCAAGGACACGCUCCCACUUGUGGAGGGCGAGGGCCCCCAGAAUGGGGAGAGGAAGGUCAACUGGCUGGGCAGCAAAGAGGGACUGCGCUGGAAGGAGGCCAUGCUUACCCAUCCGCUGGCAUUCUGCGGGCCAGCGUGCCCACCUCGCUGUGGCCCCCUGAUGCCUGAGAAUAGUGGUGGCCAUCUCAAGAGUGACCCUGUGGCCUUCCGGCCCUGGCACUGCCCUUUCCUUCUGGAGACCAAGAUCCUGGAGCGAGCUCCCUUCUGGGUGCCCACCUGCUUGCCACCCUACCUAGUGUCUGGCCUGCCCCCAGAGCGUCCACGUGACUGGCCCCUGGCCCCACACCCCUGGGUACACUCCAGAGGCCAGCCCAAAGUGCCCUCUGCCUUCAGCUUAGGCAGCAAGGGCUUUUACCACAAGGAUCCAAGCAUUCUCAGGUUGGCAAAAGAGCCCUUGGCAGCUGCGGAACCUGGGUUGUUGGGUUUAAACCCUGGUGGGCACCUGCAGAGAGCCGGUGAGGCCGAACGUCCUUCACCGCACCAGAGGGAUGGAGAGAUGGCAGCUGGCUGUCAGCAGAAUCCUUGCCCACUCUUCCUGGGGCAGCCAGACACUGUGCCCCGGACCCCCUGGCCCGCUUAUCCCCCAGGCCUCGUUCAUACUCUUGGCAACGUCUGGGCUGGACCAAGCGGUGGGAGCAUUGGGUACCAGCUGGGGCCACCAGCCACACCAAGGUGCCCCUCUCCCGAGCCGCCUAUCACCCAGCGGGGCUGCUGCUCAUCCUAUCCACCCAUUAAAGAUGGGGGUCUUGGCCCUUGUGGGAAGUGCCAGGAGGGCCUGGAGGGGGGUGCCAGUGGAGCCAGCGAACCCAGCGAGGAAGUGAACAAAGCCUCUGGCCCCAGGGCCUGCCCCCCCAGCCACCACACCAAACUGAAGAAGACAUGGCUCACACGGCACUCGGAGCAGUUUGAAUGUCCACGCGGCUGCCCUGAGGCCGAGGAGAGGCCGGUUGCUCAGCUCCGGGCCCUCAAAAGGGCAGGCAGCCCCGAGAUCCAAGGAGCAGUGGGCAGCCCAGCCCCCAAGCGGCCACCGGACCCUUUCCCAGGCACUGCAGAACAGGGGGCUGGGGGUUGGCAGGAGGUACGGGACACAUCGAUAGGGAACAAGGAGGCAGACUCGGGACAGCAUGAUGACCAGAGAGGACCCCGAGAUGGCCAGGCCAGUCUCCAGGACCCAGGACUUCAGGACAUACCAUGCCUGGCUCUCCCUGCAAAACUGGCUCAAUGCCAAAGUUGUGCUCAGGCAGCUGGAGAGGGAGGAGGGCCCGCCGGCCACUUUCAGCAAGUGCGGAGAUCACCUCUGGGAGGGGAACCGCAGCAGGAGGAAGACACAGCCGCCAACUCCAGCUCUGAGGAAAGCCCAGGGUCCGGCCCUGAUGGCAGGCUCAGCACAGGCCUCGCCAAGCACCUGCUCAGUGGUCUAGGGGACCGACUGUGCCGCCUGCUGCGGAGAGAGCGGGAAGCCCUGGCCUGGGCCCAGCGGGAAGCAGGCCAAGGGCCAGCCGUGACAGAGGACAACCCAGGCAUUCCACGCUGCUGCAGCCGUUGCCACCACGGACUCUUCAACACCCACUGGCGAUGUCCCCGUUGCAGCCACCGGCUGUGUGUGGCCUGCGGUCGUGUGGCAGGCGCUGGGCGGGCCAGGGAGAAAGCAGGCUCUCAGGAGCAGUCCACGGAGGAGUGCACGCAGGAGGCUGGGCACGCUGCCUGUUCCCUGAUGCUGACCCAGUUUGUCUCCAGCCAGGCUUUGGCAGAGCUGAGCACUGCAAUGCACCAGGUCUGGGUCAAGUUUGAUAUCCGGGGGCACUGCCCCUGCCAAGCUGAUGCCCGGGUGUGGGCCCCCGGGGAUGCAGGCCAGCAGAAGGAAUUGACACAGAAAAUGCCCCCAACUCCACAACCUUCGUGCAAUGGCGACACCCACAGGACCAAGAGCAUCAAAGAGGAGACCCCUGAUUCCACUGAGACCCCAGCAGAGGACCGUGCUGGCCAAGCGCCCCUGCCUUGUCCUUCUCUCUGUGAACUGCUGGCUUCUACUGCGGUCAAACUCUGCUUGGGCCAUGAGCGAAUACAUAUGGCCUUCGCCCCCGUCACUCCGGCCCUGCCCAGUGACGACCGCAUCACCAACAUCCUGGACAGCAUUAUCGCACAGGUGGUGGAACGGAAGAUCCAGGAGAAAGCCCUGGGGCCGGGGCUUCGAGCUGGCCCGGGCUUGCGCAAGAGCCUGGGCCUGCCUCUCUCUCCAGUGCGGCCCCGACUGCCUCCCCCGGGGGCUUUGCUGUGGCUGCAGGAGCCCCGGCCUCGGCCUCGGCGUGGCUUCCACCUCUUCCAGGAGCACUGGAGGCAGGGCCAGCCUGUGUUGGUGUCAGGGAUCCAAAGGACAUUGCAGGGCAACCUGUGGGGGACAGAAGCUCUUGGGGCGCUUGGAGGCCAGGUGCAGGCGCUGAGUCCCCUCAGGCCUCCCCAGCCCACCAGCCUGGGCAGCACAGCAUUCUGGGAGGGCUUCUCCUGGCCUGAACUUCGCCCAAAGUCAGACGAGGGCUCUGUCCUCCUGCUGCAUCGAGCUCUGGGGGAUGAGGACACCAGCAGGGUGGAGAACCUAGCUGCCAGCCUGCCACUCCCGGUGUACUGCGCCCACCAUGGAAAACUCAACCUGGCUUCCUACCUCCCACCUGGCCUUGUCCUGCGUCCACUGGAGCCCCAACUCUGGGCAGCCUAUGGUGUGACCCCGCACCAGGGACACCUGGGGACCAAGAACCUCUGUGUGGAGGUGGCUGACCUGGUCAGCAUCCUGGUGCACGCCGAGGCACCACUGCCUGCCUGGCACCGGGUACAGAAAGACUUCCUUUCAGGCCUGGACGGGGAGGGGCUCUGGUCUCCGGGCAGCCAGGUCAGCACUGUGUGGCACGUGUUCCGGGCACAGGACGCCCAGCGCAUCCGCCGCUUUCUCCAGAUGGUGUGCCCGGCCGGGGCAGGCGCCCUGGAGCCUGGCGCCCCAGGCAGCUGCUACCUGGACGCAGGGCUGCGGCGGCGCCUGCGGGAGGAGUGGGGCGUGAGCUGCUGGACCCUGCUCCAGGCCCCCGGAGAGGCCGUGCUGGUGCCUGCAGGGGCUCCCCACCAGGUGCAGGGCCUGGUGAGCACAGUCAGCGUCACUCAGCACUUCCUCUCCCCUGAGACCUCUGCCCUCUCUGCUCAGCUCUGCCACCAGGGAUCCAGCCUUCCCCCUGACUGCCGCCUGCUUUAUGCCCAGAUGGACUGGGCUGUGUUCCAAGCAGUGAAGGUGGCCGUGGGGACAUUGCAGGAGGCCAAAUAGAGGGAUGCUGGGUGUUUGGGGUCGGGGUGGGGACAGGUAGACCAGGUGCUCAGCCCAGGUACAACUUUAGCAGGGAAUGACGCUAGGGGACUUGAGGAUUUCUGGUCAACCCCACAAGCACCACUCCGGGCACAAGCAGGGCACCCUGUUCCCCUCCCCCUUAAGCCAACAACCACAGUGCCACCUAGCUCACACCUGUCCUUCUCAGGCUGGCACCUCCCCCACCCUGUGCCCCUCUCCAUGGUACCAGGCCUGCAUUGGGGUCGAUUGACUUCCUCCAACCCCCACUCCUCCCUGACCCAGGAGACAAACAGCCCUUCCUUGGGGGACCUUGGGAAUCAUUCUGGCUUAAGCAACACCUCCGCCUGCUGCUCACUCCUGCUGAGCCUGCUCUACUGCCCCAGCUCCGCUUCUACCACCGCAUCCCCACUGGGCUCACUGCAAGCAUGCUGAACAAGGGGUCCCUGACCCUCCGCCCUCCUGCCAAAAGAUCUGGGGAGUGUGAGGAGAGGGUGACAUCAGGAGCUGCUCAGGCUUGGCUGAGGGAGUGGCAUGGGCGAUGUCACUCAGCCCCUUCCAGGUCCGCCCGCUUCCCUCCUUCAUGAUUUCCAUUAAAGUCUGUUGUUUUGUGACUGCUGCCAGUGUGGUUGGCCCUGCCCCUGCAGGCCACAUGGUCCAGGGAGGGAGGGAGGGGGACAUGGAAAUCUGCCCUAGAGUAGAGGCAAAUGGAGUAGGGAAGCCCGGAGCUGGGGCCUGAGGGACAGGACACCACUGCCUGCUCUUCCUCCUUCCUGCAGGGCCUGGGUCCUUGCCUCCCACUGAGGAACCUUUGGGUGGGGUGGAGGGCUAUUCCCCAAAGAUGCUCCUUAGUGCAACAGCAGGCAAGGCAGAGUCCUGGGGCACAGCCACGAGGUGACCUCCCUGUGCAGAGGCUCUGGAGCCCUACUCCACCCAGCAAGCUCCAGGCUGCCCCGUCUCUCCCGUCUACCUUGACCUGAAGAUCCAGAAGUGUGGCCCAGAGGAGCCCUUGCCCCACCUGUCUGCCCUUGGUGGCCGUGACCGACGCCAGGCCCAGCCACCCUGGGACUGAGCCUGACUGCUUCAGACAGCCGACCCCUCCUUGUCCCCCCUCCACACCUGCAGCCUUCCGGUGGCACUCUGCCCUCUGCGGCUUCCCUUGUGUAUCUCAGCCCUACAAAGAGAAACACUCCCACUCUUGUCAUACCUAAUUGUUCCUGCUGUGGUUUGGGGAAUUUUUUUUAUUAAAUAAAGGUUUUUUUUUUUAUUAUAAGUGUAA